AUGACUGUCCGCAAGCCUAGCGCCUUACUAUCCGCCUGUACCACCUUCUCCAACUCACAAUUCUGCGCAGCUCAAUCGACUACGUCAUCAUCGAUCGCUGGACGACGAGGCACACGACAACAAAUAUGUUGGAGCGCUGGAUAUGCCACAUACGCCGGUGAUGCGAAGAAGGGGACUGAAAAAACCGAACAAAGUCAUGCAUGGCCUCUGCCGCCAAAGGGACACUCCCAUCCAACCCCAUAUCAGAUCUUCGAUCUGAGACAAAAUGCUCCAUAUGCCAAAGCGAAAUACUACGAGCUGGUGAAGAUCUAUCACCCUGAUAAGAAUGGCACAUCUACUGCGAUCAAGGACCAUGCGCUGCGAAUARAAAGAUACCGCUUGGUCGUAGCAGCACAUACGAUCCUCUCCGAUCCUGCGAAACGUAGCGCCUACGAUCGAUUCGGAGCGGGCUGGAAUGGGAGAUCAGAGAUCGGGACUACCAGUGAUGCCUGGAGGGGACCUCCUUCAUCGUAUCACUCUUCCACUGCACCAUUCAGCCAGAAUUGGAACGACCACCCACAGGACACAGUCUGGCAAAAUGCUACGUGGGAGGAUUGGGAGCGCUGGAGGGAUAAGCGGGAUGGCGUCUCACAAGAAAGGAAUCAACCGAUGUACAUGAGCAAUGCAUCGUUUGUAUUGGUUAUUGCGAUCCUGGCAGCCAUGGGAACCGUGGUGAACUACAGCCGAGCUCAGGAUGCAGGAACUUAUUUCAUUGAGCAGAGGGAUAUUGUGCAUGAUMGGGCGUCCAAGGAGUUACGGCGARUGCGAAAGGAAGCGGGAACUCUAAACACAAAAGAGGAUAGGAUUGAAUACUUUAUGAGACAGCGUGAGGCCACUUUGGGUACCGCUGGAGAUUACGAGGCAGUACGCGAAGACCGAGCACAUCGAUUGCUUUCUGGAAAUGAAGUUUGUCAUAGUGAGGAUGUUAAAGAGAGGGAUUUGAAAUGA